UUCGGCUCACAGAGCGGCUGUACUUCCGGGUGAAGGGGAGGAAGGUGGGAGCAGCAUGGCUGCGCCCGGGGAGAGUGAGCGAGGGAAGGGGGAGCCCGAAACGAGGAGCCCCAAAGGCAAGAAGGCGAGCAAGGUAGAUGAAUCGGAACUUCUUACUGUUCCUGAUGGAUGGAAAGAGCCAGCCUUUAAACGAGAAGAUAAUCCUAAAGGACUUCUGGAAGAAAGCAGCUUUGCCACUCUCUUCCCAAAAUACAGAGAAGCAUACUUGAAAGAAUGCUGGCCAUUGGUGCAGAAAGCACUGAAUGAACAUCACAUAAAUGCGGCUUUAGAUUUGAUUGAAGGAAGCAUGACUGUCAGCACAACAAAGAAGACCUUUGACCCCUAUAUAAUCAUCAGAGCCAGAGACUUAAUAAAGCUUUUAGCAAGAAGUGUUCCAUUUGAACAGGCUGUGCGCAUCCUUGAAGAUGAUGUAGCUUGUGACAUCAUUAAAAUAGGGACCCUGGUGAGAAACAGAGAACGAUUUAUAAAAAGACGGCAGAGGCUUAUUGGGCCCAAUGGAUCUACUCUCAAGGCUCUUGAACUGCUGACAAACUGUUACAUCUUGGUUCAGGGAAACACGGUUUCAUCUCUUGGACCAUUUAAUGGCUUAAAAGAGGUUAGAAAAGUUGUUCUGGAUACAAUGAAGAAUAUUCAUCCUAUAUAUAACAUCAAAACCCUAAUGAUUAAGAGGGAGUUGUCAAAAGAUCCAGAAUUACAAUCACAGAACUGGGAACGCUUUUUGCCAAAAUUCAAGCACAAGAAUUUGAACAAAAGGAAAGAACCAAAAAAGAAAAGUGUCAAGAAGGAAUAUACUCCCUUCCCACCUCCACAACCAGAGAGUCAGGUUGAUAAAGAAUUGGCAAGUGGUGAAUUUUUCUUGAAAGAAAGUCAAAAGAAGCGUAAGAGAGUAGAAGAGAUAAAGGCAAAACAAGCAGCGGCAAUCAGCAAGAGACAAGAGGAGAGGAACAAAGCUUUUAUACCCCCUAAAGAAAAACCAGCUGUAAAACAGAAGAAAGCUCCUUCGGAAACAAAAAUUGAUAUUGAAGCAAUUAAAGAAAAGGUUAAAAAGGCGAAAAAGAAGAAGCUGGGAGCACUUCCUGUGGAAGAAGUUACGUUAAAAAUUGCAGCAGAUGAAAAGAAAAAGAAACUGCCUUUAAAGCUUGGUUCCAAGAGGAAGUCAGCAAACUAGAUUCCUAUCUUUACGUUGCUGCAUUGACAGCAGAUGUUGAAAAGCAUGAACAUUUAACAUUAUGUGAUGUUUAAAAAAACAGCAAUUUCAAUGUUUGUACAGUCAAACCAUCAGCUUCUUAUGUUGCACUCUGAACAAUACCAGUAAUAUUUGCAAAUUUACAAUACUCACUUGAACAAGCUGGUGGCUAAAUACAUUUACCAGUAUAUGGAUAUUUCUAGCAUGCACAGAGCUUUCACUGAGGAUGAUGUACAGGAUGUGAAUAUUGUCAAUACAUAUUUUGUACUAUUGUAAUAAAGUGGUCCAGUAAUAAACUGCAGGAAGUUCUUUGUAGAAAAAAAUAAAUAUUUUCCUAAUCCAA